AUGAAGUCACUUGUUGCUUUACUCGACAGAAAGAAAAAGGAUAGGGCUAAUACACUCGUUCAAGUUCCCUUUCCCUCCACUCUUCCUCAUUCUAAUGUGAACCAAGAUGGGUCAACUUCUACACAUGGCGCUCGCAGGACCAGUACGCCAUCAUCGUUUUUGCGACCAUCACAGCAGCAUAGGACUGUGUCCGACAGUGGCCAUAUGCACCGUCCACUCUUGUCCGAACCUUCGCCCUACUUGCGAGACCACUCGCCCGCACAAAAUGCUUCUUACUACACGGAUUCAGACGAUAGUAUACUCGUCGAUCCAUUCGCUCCUUCACCUACCAAAUUACCCAAACCAACCCACGACCUUCAUCACCAUCCUUGUCCUAGAAGAGGAUCUGAACCUAACGCAGCAAAUACGCGCGCCCCAAGUUCAUAUCGCUUUCGUUCCUCGCAGGAGCCAAGUACUUUGCCGGUUUCAGUAGACGAACCCCCACUGCAAUCAGGGGUUGCAGAGCCCCCGGGCAGAAAGGGGGGCUGGUUGCGUGAGCGACGGAGCCUGACUAGUUUACUUCGGUCGCAGCAACCGCACACCCCUGCUACGCCUGUGCCAACUGUACCACUCCUGCCUAAUCGGACUUCAGAACGGAAGCCGUCCUUACUCUUCUCCCGGACACGCAGUGGAAGCACACCCACUACCGCUCAAACAGCUGAACGCGCGCAUACACCCAGACAACCAUCGACGGGGCCGGGGUCCAUUCAGUUGCCAUUAUCUGCCAAUUCCCAGUCCCACGCAACUGACGCCGAGUCCAAGCAUGGGGCACCGUAUCGAAGAUCUGUUCCUUUGAAUUUAAUAUCCCCCUCUCAGUCUGAUUCUCCCGACUCUUGGGUAUGCGUCGGUGCAAUCGGCCGGGGAUCAGAUUUACCUACUUCGCCGGUCAGACGGAGAGCAGUAUCUGUCCCUCUUCCGCCCCAGCAAUCAACGGAACCGCUUCCGCCCAUGCCAAAUGCCCAAUUCACCAGACAUGACCCGAAGUCCGAGGCUGACCGUUCUGCCGGCGUAUCAUCGGAGCCCGUCCGUAUGCGCCGCCCAGAAGCUUCUACAGAACGUAACUCGCGUCACAGACACGAUGGACAUGGAAUGAAAUCGGCACUCGCAUCAGCGCCAGGCCUGGAGAAAUCAAGUGUACAAACGCAGUCUGGGCAACAAACUAGGCCAACCCCGCAGCAUGGCAAGCAACCGUCGGUGGGGACAUCGGAAAGUUUGGCUCUCAAAUCCGCUUUGAAGCAUCGUCCGACUGAGACGAGCCAAAUCCAGUCGAAUGUACUUCUCCGGCCAGUUAAACCCCUGAAGAUACACAAGCGGGAGACUGUCCCUUCGAAAGCGGACCAGUCACAGCUUCCAACUCCAUCUUCAGAGAGCAGUCUUAAUAAUCUUCACUACGCCUCCCUUGUUUGCAAGGAUGGAGCACGAACUACGACACACCACAAGAGUAUUAGUGGAUCAUCCUUAGGACGCAGUUUGAAUGAGCUAUCAGUUGACUCGCAAGGUGCCUCCACCACGGAGGAUAGACCUGUUACUUCUUCAGCGACGUCCAGCUCAUUCAAUAGCAUCAUGAAGGGCCACGGUUUAUCUGGCAGCGAUUCCCGUUCACUUCCGGUACUGGACAAUAUCUGGGGCUCUUUUAUUUCUGAAACAGCCUUUGGUGGUUCACUCCCGCCUAGCCCUGUCGCACCCGUUAGUGCUGGGAGGCGAGAGUUAAUAUCGCAAGAAACUCAGGACCGAGGACGAAGUGCAUCUACUCACACAAAUCUGUACGGCGCCAAUAAUUCGUCCGUUUUGCACUCCGAGAACCUUCAGAAGCCUGGGUCAGCCCCUCCAUCUCAACCUCCCCUGGCGGAUUUGCCGCCGGUUCCGGCAAGGAAACGUUCAGUGCUUACAACAUCGUCUGGUAGUAAAGAUAGUCAUAGCUCCACAAAUGCAACCGCUCCUUUGACACCGCCCACUUCUCCUACCGAGGAGACAGUGCUCCAAGGGCUUGAGUAUGCCAUGGCUCCGUCGAGCUCUGCCAACCUCUCAAGUUAUUCCAGAAACAAAAGUUCGGUAUCUCGUCAACACCUAGGGCCGAGACUUGCUCGGAGUGCCUCCUCGCCUUCGAUUCGCCCUUCUGCAUCUCCUGAAAUCGGGCAUAGACCAACCAACAGUCACAUCACUGGAGAAAAAUCCUAUCACUCCUCGAAACCCCAGAACUCUCGUUCGACUUUACCUUUACGGACAUUACAAACUAGUUUGGAACCUAUCCCAAAUCCAGGAGCGCUCGUCGCUGUGCUCCCCGAGGUCCUCGAUUUGAUAACAUCCGAUCUGAGAGAAUCGAGCGGCCCACCCACAACACCUGUUCAUAACCUCCGUCCAUCCCGAAAAGGCAGUGUCUAUACGGUGGCACCAGAAUGCUCUGCUAUGGGCACAACUACCCAGAUUUCAGGCCCCGCACCAGCUGGAGUUCCCAAAUUUACUCCGGACAUGUUUCCUCCGGCACCAUUGAAUCAAGGCUUGUCACAGGAAGAGAAGACGACGAGCGCGAUGAACAACGAAGAUCUGGAAGCGGCGAAACCAGAUCAAUGCGAAGAAUCGUUGUUGACGCCGCCCGUUACGCCGGCAUGGGUCGUACACGUGUUCGACACGGAUAUAGAGGACAGCUUGGAGUUUGGUAGAAUGGAACACGAUGCAUCUGGGUAUGUCCAUCUUCGUGACCCGUGGAAUAUCGUUGUUGAUGCCCUUUAUUCAUAUUAG